AUGCCUCGCAUUGUACAGAAAUCUCGUGCUCUAUUUGCUGCCAUUUUUGCCUCAUAUCCUGACCUGUUCGAUGAGGAAGCGUGGCAGCAGCAAUUUGGAUUCCCCAGGUUUGAUGCAGAUCACAUCUCGAAUGUAAAAAAUGAAGAGCUCCCUGCAGUCCAUGAGUUUCUGAAGCACGUCGGAAAUCUCCCCUUGGACGAAGCUAUAACUUGCGUCAAUACGAAGGGCGCCGACGUGUUUCUCCAAGGCCAGACCACAUACCACCACUGGUGGUCGAAAUCGCGCAUGGUGUCAAAGCUCAGAAUCACGCACAACCAUGCUAUUCUUCGUGCUGGUAUCAACAUCAAGGCGAUGUAUCGGGUAGCUGCGAAGAAGGGGAACGCAAAAUUCGUCAUGCUUAUGAUGUUUGGAUCGAAGGAGGCAGAGAUUGCAGAAAGUAUGUUUGGCAGAGCAUUUGAGGAUAACAAGUCAGGUUGUAUGCGAGAGGAGUUCCAGCAACUCAUCCACUCGUUGAUAUUAGACUACAUUGAAUGCAGAAACAUGCAGACUUGA